AAACUGCUUCGAAGAUUGGCUCUGUGUCCUCAUACACCGUUAAAAAUGGCUGUCCGGCCUUCUUCAACUUUUCUUCCGCACUCUUCCUCUUGUAUCUUCCUCUCCCUGUUGCCUUAAUCGAGGCCUAUUUCACUCUGACGAGACCCCAUGAGCUCCUCCUCUCUUCCCUUGAGCUUGACGAACAAUGGGUCAGGUCCCUUCUUCCCCUUCCUCUUCCUCACCCCGCGAAAUUAAGCCCACACCCGCCGCCGGGGCAGUGUCCGCCUGCCGCCGGGACCUGACCCUGUGCCUGCCCGACGAAUGCCUGGCCUCCGUGUUCGCAUUCCUGCCCGCCAGCGACCGGAACAGCUGCUCCCUCGUCUGCCGGCGCUGGAGGUCCGUGGACGCCAGGUCCAGGAACCGGCUCUCACUGGCGGCGCGCUCCGAGAUCUCGGCCGCCCUCCCGGGGCUCCUCGGCCGGUUCAGCUCGGUCUCGGCCCUCUCCCUCAAGUGCUCCCGGAAGCUCGUCAGCAUUGACGACCGCACCCUCGGCCUCAUCCCGGCCCGCCUCGGCUGCCUCAGGAAGCUGAAGCUGAAGGGCUGCGUCGACGUCUCCGACGAAGGGCUCAGCGCGUUCUCCCUGUUGUGCCCGCCGCGGCUGCACAAGGUGUCGUUCACGUCGUGCGGGUUCGGGGGCAGAGGCGUAAUGUCGCUCCUCUGCAACUGCCCUUCCCUCCGCGAGCUCACCCUCAAGCGCCUCCGCAAGCUCGACGCCCAGAACACCCCUCUCUCCAUGGACGCCUACUGCGACGGAGAUUGCGGAACGAAAAAGGCACAAACCAAAGCACAGUUGCCAAAGGAGAAGCUUACAGAGAAGAAGCGGUCGGGGAACUUGCAAUUGGAGAGGCUAUGCCUUAAGGAUCUCCACAAUGCCCGCAUUUUCAUCCCUCUUAUUCGUUCCUGCAAGUCCCUCAAGGCCCUCAUUGUGUGCCGGAGCUCCGGGAACUGGGACAGGGUCCUAGUAGACAGCCUGCAGUCUGAACCUCGACCCACCAAAAUCUCUGAGAUCCAAAUGGAAAAUGUUCAGAUGGGCAACCCGGGGCUCGUUGCAAUAUCCGCUUCCUGCCCCAGUCUGGAUAUCCUAUACUUGAGUCGGAUAAUGGACUGUACAGAUGAUGGGUUGUCCUCAAUUGCGAACUCCUGUAGGAAACUUAGGAAGCUCCAUGUUGAUGCCUGGACUCGAUUUGGGGCCCGAAGCAUUGGGGACGAUGGGGUUGCAGUUCUGGGUGCAAAGUGCUUGAAUCUACAGGAAUUGGUCCUAAUGGGCAUCCCAGUGAAGGUCAACUCCCUCAACGCGCUUGCCUCGAACUGCAGUUCCCUCGAGAGAAUGGCCCUAUGCAACACGGAUUCAAUUGGAGAUGUGGAGAUGGAAUUCAUUGCCACAAAAUUCUUGGCCCUGAAGAAGCUCUGCAUCAAGAACUGCCCCAUCUCAGCGAAGGGCAUUGAGGCAGUCGUUGCAGGGUGCCCCAAUCUGAUAAAACUGAAGGUAAAGAGGUGCAGAGGGAUCAGUCUGGAGAGGGUGUCCCGCUUGGAGGCUCAGAGGACCAGUUUGGUCAUCUCAGUGGAUUCUGGGUCUAUGGCAGUGGUCGAAGGUGAAGGGUUGGCUGCUGAUCAGGAGGAUGGGGCAGUUCGAGGAGAGGAUGGAGGCGGCACAGGCCGGAGAAGAACGGCAGCUGCACCUGCAUCAGUAGACACCAGUACCGGGAUCCGGAGGAGUAGCACAACCAAUGUGAUUUGCAGCAGCAGAGGUGCUCUCCUCCUGAAGUCCAAGUUCGGAAGGACAAGCUCCAGGGGCAGUGGCUCUUCGGCCCAUGCAGCUGCAAGAUGACGGCUUGCCCGUGCAAGUCAAAAGUAUGAUGCCCGAUUUCUUGAAUCUCAACCUUUGGAUAAGCCAUCAAUUUGUCUGCCUCCUGCAUUUGAAUCUUGGUGCUUCCCAGCCCCCCAUUGCUUUGUGCUAGCUGAGGUUUAUGUUUUUCGUCAUUUGUGUAGUAGAAGAUAGAAAUAGUAGUACCGGUACAUCCUUGACUUUGAGCGUGCUGUUUCAUUUAGCUCUCGGCUCCAAAUGUAUUUGAUUCGGUCAAUUGAGACGUUCAGAAUUCUUUAAUAGACCAACUCUUGAUGCCUCCUC